UCUGGCCCCGCAGGCGCGUGCCUGUCAGCGUGUGGGGCGCGCCCUGGGGCUCCCGGGCGUCACACCCACUUUCCUUAUUAGGGCAGAGUCGGGAGCCCAGAGCUGGCGUCUGGGAGCGGGGUGGGGCGGGAGCCCUGGGAGGCGACAGCCGAGGGCGCAGCCACAACCUCAGCCGCCUCCGAGCGGUAGGAGGGAGCAGCAGCUUGCUGCGCUCAGAAAGGCCACUUUGCGGGGACCCGGCUCCUCUCGCCCGGGAGGAGACAGGCCUCCGCGCCCUCCGGGUACCCCUGGUCCAACCCUCUUGCCACGACAUGGAAGAAUUUUUGCAACGCGCCAAGUCUAAACUGAAUAGAAGCAAACGCUUGGAGAAGGUCCAUGUGGUUAUUGGACAUAAAUCGUGUGACUUGGAUUCUCUCAUUUCUGCCUUCACAUAUGCUUACUUUCUGGACAAGGUCAGCCCACCUGGGGUUCUCUGUCUGCCUGUGCUGAACAUACCAAGAACUGAAUUCAGCUACUUCACAGAGACAAGGUUUAUUUUAGAAGAGCUAAAUAUCUCCGAGUCAUUCCACAUAUUCCGAGAUGAAAUUAAUCUGCAUCAGCUACACAACGAAGGGAAGUUAUCUAUAACCCUUGUUAGCAGCAACGUGCUGUCAAGUGAGGACAAAACUUUGGAAUCAGCAGUCGUCAAAGUCAUUAACCCAACUGAGCACAGCGAUGCCGACUUUGAGUUCCGAGAGUCUUCCUCCUCUCUGGUGGUGAAAGAGAUUCUCCAGGAGGCUCCUGAGCUCAUCACUGAGCAACUGGCUCAUCUGCUCAGAGGUAGCAUCCUUUUCAAGUGGAUGGCCAUGGAAUCUAAGAAGAUCUCAGAAAAGCAGGAGGAAAUUCUUUCUACCCUGGAAGAAAAAUUUCCUAGCUUGCCUCCAAGAGAAGACAUCAUCAACAUCCUGCAGGAGACCCAGUUCAGCGCUCAGGGUUUAAGUAUUGAACAGACAAUGCUGAAGGAUCUCAAGGAACUUUCAGAUGGAGAAAUAAAAGUGGCCAUCAGUACUGUGAACAUGACCCUUGAGAACUGUACAUUUCACAGCAGUAUCACCAGUGAUUUGAAAGCAUUCACAGACAAGUUUGGUUUUGAUGUCCUCAUCGUCUUGGCCAGCUACUUGUCAGAGGACCAGCAGCCCAAACGACAGAUCGCUGUGUACUCCGAGAACCUCGAGCUGUGCAGCCAGAUUUGCUGUGAACUGGAAGAGUGCCAGAACCCUUGCCUUGAGCUGGAGCCCUUUGAAUGUGGCUGUGAUGAGAUCCUGGUGUACCAGCAGGAGAACCCUUCAGUGACUUGUGAUCAGGUGGUUCUCCUAGUCAAGGAAGUCAUCAACAGAAGGUGUCCAGAGAUGGCCUCUAACAGCCGCACAUCCUCCACAGAAGCGGUGGCAGGCAGCGCCCCACUUUCCCAGGGAUCUUCCGGGAUUAUGGAGCUGUAUGGGUCUGACAUAGAGCCACAGCCUAGCUCUGUCAAUUUCAUGGAAAACCCUCCAGAUCUCAACGAUGCUAACCAGGCCCAGGUGGAUGUCAACGUAGACCUCGUUAGCCCAGAUAGUGGGUUGGCCACCAUUAGGAGCAGCCGCUCAUCCAAGGAGAGCUCGGUUUUCCUCAGUGAUGACAGUCCAGUGGGAGAAAGUGCUGGGCCUCACCAUAGCCUCCUCCCUGGGUUUGACUCCUACAGUCCCAUCCCAGAAGGGGCAGUAGCAGAGGAGCAUGCCCGAUCCGGAGAACACGGUGAAUCCUUUGACCUUUUCAACUUUGACCCAGCAUCCGUGGUUUCUGGGCAGUCCCAGCCAUCUUCCCAUUCUGCAGAGUACUCCCCAACAGAUGACUUCUUCCCCAACAGUGAUUCACCAGAAGGCCAGCUCCUUGCAGGGCCCAAAGGACUCAAUGGGAUGGGGAUGGUUGUGUCUGAUUACUCAUCCAGUUCUCUUUUGUCCGGGGCUGGCAAAGAGAGCCUCGUGGAAUUCAACACAGAGUAUGUCCAGAGCCAAGAAAGUCCCAGGGAUAACGCUGAAAGAAAUUUGAGCCUGACAGGUUUUGUGGGAGCUGAAUCUCCUUCACCAGAAAGUCUGAAAAAUGUUGGAAAGAGGGUGCCACCAACACCUAUGAAUAGCUUUGUAGAAAGCUCCCCAUCCACUGAAGAACCAGCUCUACUCUCUCCGGAAGAUAUGACCCCCCAAACCGUCAACCCAGGUCACACAGAGCCACCUCCGGCCCGGACACGGUGCAGCAGCUGGUGGGGUGGUUUGGAAAUUGACUCUAAAAAUAUUGCAGAUGCAUGGAGUUCCAGUGAACAGGAAUCUGUCUUCCAGAGCCCUGAGUCCUGGAAAGAUCAUAAGCCAAGCCCAGUUGAUAGGAGAGCAUCAGAUUCUAUAUUUCAACCAAAAAGUCUCGACUUCCCAAAGUCAAAUCCCUGGGAGUCAGAAUUUGAUCAGCCUGGGCUGGGCAGCACUAAUAUUCAAGACCAAUUUAAGGACAACUUGCAGUUUCAGAAUCUGCCUCAGGAGAAAUCGCAUUCGCCGCACGCCUCUCCUCAGGGCACAAACCACCUGAUAGAAGACUUUGCCGCCUUGUGGCGUUCUGAUCGCUCUCCCACUGCCAUGCCUGAGCCGUGGGGAAACCCCACAGAUGAUGGCGAACCAGCUGCUGCAGCAUCAUUCCCAGCCUGGAGUGCAUUUGGUAAAGAAGAUGACGCCAAAGCUUUGAAAAAUACCUGGAAUCUGCACCCAACAAGCGGUGAGAUGCCUUCUGUGAGGGACCGGAAUGAGUGGGCCAUGGCCAAAAGCGGGUUUGCUUUCUCUUCAGAAGACCUCAUGGACGGUUCACCCAGUGAGGCAACUAAUGAAGCAAUUCCAGAAAUCUGGGGCAAGAAGAACCAUGACGCCGGGGAGGAUAUUCUUGUUUCUGGAAAUACCAGAUCUGAUCUGGAUCGUGCAUGGAAUAGUUCUAAGUCGGCAAAGGAAGAUCAGAAUGUUUUAGUGGAUCCAAAAAUUGAGGGGAAGGUAUAUGACAGUGGAGAUUCCUGGAACCUUUUUGAGGGGAGUAACAAGAAAGGAGGGUCAGAUGUCAUAGCACCAUGGGAAGAUUCCUUCUUAUAUAAGUGCACUGAUUACAGUGCAUCCAACAUCGGGGAAGACUCAGUGCCUUCCCCGUUAGAUACCAAUUACUCCACCUCUGACUCCUUUACUUCACCAACGUUUGCUGGAGAUGAAAAAGAAACCACAAACAAGCCAUUUGCUAAAGAGGGAGCUUUCGAGUCACAAGAUGAUAACUCUCCUGCAGGGGACAUGGGUGUGCCUCCUCCGUCACCACAGCAGCCCCCCAGAAAUCGAAUUAGUUCAGGUCCUGGGAACCUGGAAAUGUGGGCUUUACCUCCGGCAGGUGAUAGCUCUGAAAAAAAUGCUGCUCACAGUCCAGAUAAGGAUUUACUUAAGGUAGAGCCCACAGAGGACCAGAAUAUCUCCAUGGAGGAGGACAUCGGGGAAAGCAGCCAGUCCAGCUACGAUGACCCCAGCAUGAUGCAGCUGUACAACGAAACAAACCGCCAGCUCACACUCCUGCACAGCAGCACCAACUCCCGCCAGGCAGCCCCUGACAGUCUUGACCUGUGGAACAGAGUGAUUCUGGAGGACACUCAGUCCACCGCGACCAUCUCAGAUCUGGACAAUGACCUGGACUGGGAUGACUGUAGUGCUGGUGUGGCAAUCACCGGCCAAGGUCAGGCACAAGGGUACAUGGCUGAAGGUACUGAACCCGAAACCCGAUUUUCAGUGAGACAGGUGGAACCCUGGGGUGUGGAGUAUCAGGAAGUACACCAGGUAGACUGGGAAGUCCCAGCCUCUUCUGAGCACAGCCUGAAUACUGCACCCAAUGAAAAUCACACACUGAAUGAAAAAAGUGGGCAGCUGAUCGCGAAUAGUAUUUGGGAUUCGGUCAUGAGAGAUAAUGCCGUGUCAUCAUUAAUGUUACCGGGUCCAUUGUAUGUUACAGAUUCUGAAGAAAACAAGUCACCUCCUGAAACUUCUAGUUCAUUAGAAAAAAUUAAGGACAGUCACAUCCCAGAGGUGCUGGGAACCUCUGGAGCCAAUGAAUCUGAAACACUUGAUUCUGACAAGCAGAACUCGUGCAGAGGAAGCCCUCCAAGUGAGACAGUGUAUUUGGUGACUGGGCUUGAGAGUCCAGGACAUUCUGCAAGUUCAGAUCCCUGGAGGGGUCCUCAUUAUGGACAAAAUGAAAUUGACAAAGAAGCUCAUGGAGGAGCUUCUGAUAGGGAGUGCCCCAGUGGGGAGGAGCUGGUGGAUAGAGCCUUGGAGGCUUCUGGGAAAGGGCAGGGUGGCCAGGAAUGUGCUUCCCCAGCUGCAUCUGAUCAUCAUGAAAUCUGUGAUGAAUCGGGCAAAAUCAGCCCUCUUUUAGUCCCUUCCAGUCCUCAGACCGAGAAACCCCAGGAGGUACUAGAGCGUGAAGAGGGGUCUUACACUCCAGACCCCUGUGUUCAUACAGAGGUGUCCACAGAUGAUCUGCCGGCAAAAGAGACCCAAGAAGAGUACCUCGUGAAUCACAGAAAUUCAGGUGAAACGACUGAAGUUGCAGGCAGGCUGAAUUCCACCAAAAAUGUAUCUUCGCUCAAAAUGGAUCUGGAGAAAACUGAAGAAUGUUAUAUUGUAGAGCCAGAGAGAUUGAACCAAGAGCCACCUCAUGAAUGUCCCCAAAGCCUUGACAUUGGGGAUGGCCCUAAAGACAAUGAUGUGCCAGUCACUUGUGCAAGUCCUGAGCUAACUGAGAGUCUUGAACUUGAGAAUACUGGAAACAGCCCUCCAGGAGCCAAUUUAUCAGGAAAUUAUGACAGAGAGAGUAUCUCUAGUGAGUAUACACAUUCAAGUGCAUCCAGUCCUGAUCUAAAUGAUUCUGCAGCUGCAUUGCCUUCUUGGGACCAAGUACCCAUCACUGAGCAUCAAAAGGAGAAUCAAAAUGACUGGAGUACACAGAAUCACCAAGAAUCUGAACUCAUUACUGCUGAUGGUCAAGUUGAAAUAAUCACCGAAAUGAAUAGCCUGGAGAAAAACAGAAUGGACGGGUUUGAAAAGCGCUUAGAUCACAAGGUUCCUAAAUUUUUAGAGAUUUGGAAUGACUCAAUCGAUGGCGAUUCCUUUUCCUCUUUAUCCAGCCCCGAAACAGGCAAAUAUUCUGAAUAUUCAGAUGCCUGUCAGGAAGGAAAUCUCGUGGUUAGCCAUCAAGAGAAAAGUGAAUGUGAUUUUUCUGAAACUGUGCAGCCAGGGGAUGCCAAGUUCAUUUCCACAAGCUCGAGUUCUGAUGAUGAGAGUGCAGGUGAUGAAGAGUCAGUGGAGAAAGAGAUCCAUUCGACCACUUGCCAGGUUGCUCAGAGUGAACCCCGAUCUUGGAAUUCCAUGAAUGAAUUGAAUAAGUUCUUGGCCACAGCUGAUCCUAAGUCUGAGGAAUUCCCUGCCUAUAUAGGCAGUCCAGGACCAGCAGAGGAGAAUAAGUCAAACCCCUAUGAUCCUCAACAAAGCAGCCCUGAGCACUGGAGUUUUUCACCACUAAAGGAGACUGAAAUUCAGGUUCCAGCAGCAGAUGAGGAGACAAGGUCUUCUCCAGAAACAGGGAGGAUGGCAGAUGUCAUGUGGCAAGUAGCUCCCAAAGCUGAACCAAGGAAUGAAAAGUACUCUAAUUUAGAAACGGUUGGCUUCUCUGCUGAGAGCACUGAGUGGUGGAAUGCCUCUAAACAGGAAGGGCAGCCGAUUGAGAGUGCCCUUGAAAGGGAAUUAUCUAACUCGAGUGCUGUGUUAGAGACGGAUUCCUUGGAAUGCCAGAACAUGGGGCCCUGGGGAGUACCCACAGGCAAUGCUGAAUCCCUGGAUGUGCAUUGUACCGAUCCUUUUGGUGAUAAACAUCCAUCCCCCUUUCUGGAUGAUAAUGGAAAGAAUACCCAUGAGCAACUUUGGAACAUUCAGCCAAGGCAGCCAGACCCGGAAGCUGAUCAGCUUAGCCAGCUCGUAAUAUUAGACCAAAUGAAAGACAAGGAUUUCAGAGAGCAAACCUUCAUGUCUUCGCCUGGUGACAAACUCGCCUCUGAAAUACCUACUCAGGAGCAGUGUCAGAAUACAGUGCCGCCUGCCUGGAAUCAGCCGGACCCAACAUUUCCUCCCAUAGAUGAAAAUGAAUGCAUUAUAGCCAGUGUAUCCACAGCUGAGUGUCAAGAAACAAAUUGGUGGGAAGACGAAAAAUCGUAUACCAGUGAAAUAACAAAUUCCAGUCUUGCCUCUGAUGAUUUCCCCAUUGUCACCUCUUCUCCCCAGUUGAUAAAGAAGCCAAGCUCUGAAUGGGCUGAAUCUAAUCCCCAUGAAGGCCCCCAAGGCACGUUCAUUCCAGAUAUUUUACAUGACAACUUCCAAGAGGGUGGACAACUGGCCUCAGCUUCACCGGACUUGUGGAUGGACGUCAAGCAACCCUUCAGUUUGAAAACAGAGGGUGAGAAUCCUGAUAUACUGACUCACUGUGACCAUGACAGCAAUCCCCCAGCUUCCAACAGCCCUGAUGUAUGUCAUGAUUAUGAAACAAAGCCAGAGACUAAGCAGCACAUCAGGGUUGGGCUGGGACCUGAAGGGGAAGCUGGUGAGUUAUAUCUCACCGAGCUGAAGAUAGAUGAAGAAUCCGGUCAGGAGCCUGGGCAGGAAUGCCCCACAUAUUCAGAACCACAUUCUGCAAAUGCAAUUCCGCUGCCUCCAGCCAGUGAGCAAGCAAACAUGGAUGCUUCAUCUCAGCCCUCUCACAAAGCUUCUCCUGAACCUUCCGAAAUAAAUGAUGGAAACGAUACAGGGUUAAAAGCAUCUGAAAGAAGAGCCAACUUAGAGUUGGUACCAGUUUGACCUGUGGACAGAACAACGUCAGUGAUUGAAAAUGUGGGAACUGGUAUUUGUGUAACUUACCAAGAGCCGACUGUGGACAGCACUGACUCUUGGAUGUCAGAAGGCUUUUCUUCUGAGAGGCACACAGAUGCAGGGGCCUUCUUGGACCAUGAGCAAGCUUUUGCUGCUGAGAAUCCUGCCGUGGUUGCCGAAGCUUUGCUGGCCUCGGACACUUGUCUGGAUGUAAGUGAAGCUGCCUUUGACCAUAGUUUCAGUGAUGCCUCAGGUCUUAACACAUCCACAGGAACAAUAGAUGACAUGAGUAAACUGACGUUAUCAGAAGGCAAUCCCGAAACACCAUUUGAUGGGGAUGCAGGGAAGCAAGAUAUCUGUUCAUCUGAAGCCUCAUGGGGUGAUUUUGAAUAUGAUGUCAUGGGUCAAAAUAUCGAUGAAGAUUUAAUGAAAGAGCCUGAACACUUUGUCUAUGGCGGUGACCCUCCCUUGGAAGAAGAUGCUCUGAAGCAAGAGCUGGCACCUUACACACCUCCCUUUGACUUGUCCUAUCUCACGGAACCCACUGCCAGUGUCAAAACCACAGAGAAAGCUGAGACUCCAGAGGAUGAGUCCCUGGAGAGUGAAGUAGCAGAGAUACUGCUUUCUGCCCUUCCUGAUCAGAGAAGCAAGGAAAACCAUGCUGGGACCAAAACCAGACAGCCUGGAAGGCAGCUGGUUGAGCUGCAUAUUCAUGAAGACCCCGAGUCCUUCUCUUCUCCUGUCCCUGUUGACACCAACACUGAGCUGUCUCCGUCAAAUUUUGACUGGGAAGUAGAAACGGAUCGCUCAGAUUCACCAGCAGGUGGAGACAUAGGACCACCAAAUGGUGCCAGCGAGAGAAUGUUAGAGGUGGAAGAAGAAAAAACAAUUUCCACUGAAGAGCCUGAGCAGAUAACGUCAGAAUGUGGGGAAGAAAGGUACACAGAGAAGAAUGAAGGUCAUCCUGCACCACCAAUGGAUUACAUACUUGUAAACCACGAAGAAAAUUCGCCCCCACAGCCAGAGGCCUGUGAAUCAAGAGAAAGCACAUCGCAGUUAGAAGAGCUUCAGAUGGAUUCCAAAGAAACGGGGCUGCUAGCAACUCAGCUGGCAAACUUGUCAGAUACCUGUCAGCUUGCCUCCUUAAAAGAGAGAAACCAUCUUUCUGCAGAGAGACCACCUUCCAAAGAUGGUGAGAAGUCAUCUUUUGAAAGCCCUGGGCAAGACCAGAGCUGGAUGGUCUUGGUCCACAGUGAGGUUGGUGAAUCAUCAUCAGAAAUGAGAGACACAGGGCCUGGACAGUCUGGCCAGGCUCUGGAGCCGGCCUCUGGUCACAGCUUGGGCACAGGCCCCCAAAUGCAGGUUCUGGGAGAAAUGAAGCCUGUAGAAUCUUUAACACUAGAGGAAGCCUCUGGUCUGGGCAGCCAAUCACAGAAGAGCAAGAGCCGAGGCAGGGCUGGCCCCGAUGCAGUUAUGUUGCAGCCUGUCACCCAUGACAAUGAAUGGGAAAUGCUUUCACCACAGCCUUCUCAGAAAAACAUAAUCCCCGAAACAGAAAUCGAGGAGGAGACAGAGUUUCUUGAGCCUAGAACAAGGAAACCAAGACCAAACGGACUGUUGUCAGAGGAUGAAGGAAUGGACAUCCCCUUUGAGGAGGGAAUGCUGAGUCCCACUGCUGCAGACAUGAGGCCUGAACCUCCUAAUUCUCUGGAUCUUAAUGACUCCCAUCCUCGGAGAAUCAAACUCACGGCCCCCAAUAUCAAUCUGUCUCUGGACCAAAGUGAAGGGUCUAUUCUCUCUGAUGAUAACUUGGACAGUCCAGAUGAAAUUGAUAUCAAUGUGGAUGAACUUGAUACCCCUGAUGAGGCAGAUUCUUUUGAGUACACUGGGCAUGAGGAUCCUACAGCCAACAGAGAUUCUGGCCAAGAGUCAGAGUCUAUUCCAGAAUACACGGCGGAAGAGGAGCGGGAGGACAACCGGUUGUGGAGGACCGUGGUGAUUGGAGAACAAGAGCAGCGGAUUGAUAUGAAGGUCAUCGAGCCGUACAAGAAAGUCAUUUCUCAUGGAGGAGACUCAGGAUACUAUGGGGACGGCCUAAAUGCCAUCAUUGUGUUUGCUGCCUGUUUUCUGCCAGACAGCAGUCGGGCGGAUUACCACUAUGUCAUGGAAAAUCUUUUCUUAUAUGUAAUAAGUACUUUAGAGCUGAUGGUAGCUGAAGACUAUAUGAUUGUGUACUUGAAUGGUGCAACCCCAAGACGGAAAAUGCCAGGGCUGGGCUGGAUGAAGAAAUGCUACCAGAUGAUUGACAGACGGUUGCGGAAGAAUUUAAAAUCAUUCAUCAUUGUUCAUCCAUCUUGGUUCAUCAGAACAAUCCUUGCAGUUACACGACCUUUUAUAAGUUCAAAAUUCAGCAGUAAAAUUAAAUAUGUCAGUAGCUUAUCGGAACUCAGUGGGCUGAUCCCAAUGGAUUGCAUCCAUAUUCCAGAGAGCAUCAUCAAGUAUGAUGAAGAGAGAGCUUAUAAAAGAAGUGUGAGACUGGAUGAAGAACUGAGGGAAGCAUCAGAAGCAGCUAAAACUAGCUGCCUUUACAAUGAUCCAGAAAUGUCUUCUAUGGAGAAGGAUAUUCAUCUGAAGCUGAAAGAAAACUCUAGGUGGCCAUGGCUGGACGAAGAUGCUUCUCUGCUUCAUGGUUCUGUUUAAACAUAUCUACCUGGAAGAGACAGGGCUGAUGGUACUUUUUUUCCACUUUGCACUACCUGGUGCCAUUCUAAAUUUCUAAGGGGAAAAACAGUAAGAGAAUUUGUUUACUCUUAACAUGUUUUGUGAAACUGUAUAUUUUGCUAUUUUGCCAAUGAUGUGCCUCAGAGAUUUCAGUUGAACUUUAGCAAGAAAAUAGGACCUUCCAUUUCAAUAUUUCCUUAACCCUUGGUGGUGCAGUGGUAUUUUGUUUCUUAGACUGGUGUUGACCACUAAGCUAACUUCAGUCCACUCAGCAUUGGGUGUGGAUUUGUUUCCAUAGAUUAGCUGGAUUUCUCCUCAGUGAUCAACUUAGAUUUAAAAUACAUAGGGCUUAACUCUCCCUAGGAAAGCUGACCACAUAUAACUCCACCUUUAAGAUCCUAAGCUUGCUUAAGAUAGCCAUGAACUAGACACAGAUGUGACACCACCAUCAGCCAAGUGCCCACUUGUUUCCUGUCCACAUGAAUCAUCUCUAAUGUCUCUAAAGGAAGCCAGGCUUCCUAAUUCACGUGAAUUUUUUAGCUAGCAAACGGGGCGUCAUGUUUUCUGUGAAUUGGUCUUUUUAAAAAUCAUUUCUCCAAUGGAUGUUGAAGAUAUCUACACUGAAAAACUUAAGGAACAAUGUCCUUAUUUUUGGUAGCUGUCUGUGCUUUAGCUUAUAAACUUAGUUCAAGAUUUUACAUUUUAAGUGCCAAGGCCUCAGUGUAAGACGGCCACUCAGAAAUUCAUUAUUUGGUAAAUUCAGUUAUCUGAAUUGCUCUCUCACAUGCGUUAUAAAAAGUAAUCUGCUUUAGCCCUCUCCCAUCUAAUCACCGGUUUAAAAUUAAAUAUGAGUAUGUACUAUCAUUUGGAAAAUAGUCCCUUAUAGUCAUCAUAUAACUUUAAAAUACCAAUGUGACUUAGAAUCUGUUGGCCUUGGACAGAAAGAGGGGCUGGUAGAUCCAGAGCCCCCACCUGUUUCUAUAUGGCCUUCUAGUCAAGAAUGGUUUUUGUAUUUUGGGUUGAAAACAGUUUUUUUUUUUUUUUAAUAUUUCAUGAUGCAUGAAAAUGAUUCAAACUUCAGUCUCCAUAAAUAAGGGUUUAUUGAAACAUGGCCACAUCUCUUUGUUCACAUACUCCAAGGCCACUCUUGCACUAGAGCAGCAGAGUUGAGUAAUUGAGGCAGACCACAUGGCCCACAGAGCCUAAAAUAUUUCCUCUUUUUAUAGAAAGCAUUUGCUGAGCCCUGCACCAGCAUGUACAUCCUGGCCCCUCCCCUUUAGUAUUCAGAUAUUGGUUUCUCUUAACAGAAUGCACAAGUAGGGCUGCGAACUCCCUUACUCUUGAAAAAAGAAAAUUUUGGCAUCCAAAGUCAUUAAAAUGCAAGGAGUCCCAACCAUGAAAGCCUGGCUUGGGUUGUGUUUAUGGGACCCAAAGGGAAUCCUACUCACAGGUGUUGCUGAAGUCCCAACCUAACUUUGGGAACUAUUCUUGGUCUCCAGUAUCACCUAUUACUAAUUAGCUAGCAAAAAUUCAAAUGUGGUCAUGAAAGGGGUGCCACCAUAGUGUUAGGGUAGUGACGACAUGCGGGAGAGCCAUCGGGAACACUCAGCCCUGGGUAGACACCUUUGCACAGGUGACUGAAUUUCACUCCCCUCCUUUGCUUCAUAUCCAUCCCCCCGCCCACCUUCCAGACACGCUCUCAUACACACAGGUCAGCUGUCUUCCCUCUAUAAGCCACAAUUUUCUCUGCUCCCCCCGGGGUCUCUUUCAACUUAGUAUCCUGGUAAGCCAUUCUUGUUGGGUCUUCUUCCUCAUAACAUCUGGGUUGUCUGAGAGAAAACCCCUGGAGCACGUCCUCUGCCACAGCCCACCUCCACCUUUGGCAGCCUACAUCAUGCCUCUCCCAGGACUUAGCGUUGCCCUAAGCACAAUGACCCGAUUUUCCACUGUGUUUACCCAGUUGGUUCACUGUUGCCCUAGCAUAAUUAUUAACAAUGCUUGCUAUGGCUCAGACAUGUCCCAUUUUGGAAGAUGAAUGAUAUGGGCUCCUAGACACAGUAAGUAAUGAAGAAUCCAGUGUUGAGCUUAGCACUGCGAACCUGAGGACAUAGAGCUGUCCAUAAAGGGCUCUUGUCAUAGGUCAACCAGACACGACCAAUCUCAUCAUUCACGCCUUUGAACUUGUCCAGCCUGUUCAUGGGAGGCUGCUCUGGUUACAGGUAUGCUGUUUGAACCUUCAUCUUCCUACAUGGAAAUGAUGAGCAUCUUCCCAGUCAAUGAUUUUGUUUGGGCUGUUCUAUGGGCUGUAUAACCAUUCUGACAGUUAGGCAUCUGCUAUCUUAUUAUCUUAAAUAGACAAAUUAAUUUAAUUGCACUUGCUAGAUAAAAGCCUCCAUGUAAAUUCAAACCAAAUAAAUAGAAUCCUAGAAGAAUCCUGAAAGAACAUCCCUCAGCAGAUAGGUAGACAGAUGUAAACAUCCACAUCAUUAGCUAUCUAGCUCUUGCAUUCUGAGCAUUCUUGCUUUGGUUCUGACUUCUGGGAAUUAUUUGCACUUUUCCUAUAGAUUCGGAGUUAAGGGAACCAAGGGGUCAUUGGGGCAAACGUAUUGUUUUCCCAAAGUGGCAACUGCUAUUCAUUUAGCUCCUUGAUCAGGAGAAAGAACAAAAAUCUGGACAGGGAGUAAGAAAGUUUGUUUGAAGACAAUGGCUGGGGGUGGAAGAAAACCCAGAAGUUCCUUUUGAAGCCAUACAAUGUUUUAGGGGGUUAAUCUUCUAAGACAUGCUCUGACCUAUGUGGAGAAGUCACUAUUCCAAGACUUUGUGUUACUAAGGUCUCAUUUUAAGUGUUCAGUUAUGGUCCUAUGUUUGCAGUCUUCAUCUAGUCACGAUGCCUCUGUAGUUUGCUCCCUUAGAAACAUUUAGAUGUGCACAAAUUAAUCUUUUAUAUGUUUAAAGGAUUUUUCUACUGUGUAUUGGAUUGCUCAGAAUAAAGUAUCUAUUAGACCUUUGUUUUAGUAAAUAAAUCAAUAAAUUCUACCUAAAUAGUGUGAAUACUAUAAAAAAUAUGUAACAACACAAUAUAUUUAAGUAUAUAUAGCCUCUCUGUAUAAUUCAGAAAUAAAAAUUAAUUCCACAA